AUUAAAAUGGGUCCAGUCUGUUCUGCCAGAAAACCUAAUUCAAAAACUCAAAAAUAAAAAGAAGAAUUUAAAACAAAUAAUUAACCAUGUCUCGAAGCCACAUCUUUAGCAGGAUAAUCUCUUCCUUUAGAAAUCAAAAAUGAUUCUAACUUAGAAUAAAUGGUAUAAGAUCUUAUGAAGCUCUUUAAAAGAUUCUCAAUGUUUCUUGAUCUUGUUGGUAAUCUAGAUUAACUUCCAUAAUUAACAAGAGAUAAAAUUAAUACAUGUAUUGUAAUCAAAUAAAAUAUUUCUAUUAUCAUUCAAAAUAAUGUUAAGAGAGUUAUGAGAGAAUAACAGAUCAUUAAAAGAAUUGAUGAAUCAGAUUAUUAUCUUAUUUAUAAUGAUCGAAAAUUUGCUGCGACAAUCAACUAAUUAAUGUCGAAAUUAUCUAAUGUUAUUUUAACUGACCUUAAACCUGAUGAAGAUUUCUAAUCAGCUUUUCCAAUCUUAGCAGUGUCAUUCGAAGAAGAAGCAUAAAAAAUUAAUACUAUUGUUGAAAAAUUUAAAAACAAUAUUAAUUUUUCAAUCAGAAAAGGAAGUUCAUAACAUUCACUUUCUAUUCCCUAAUAAUAAGCAAAAAGAAAGUCAUCACAAUAAUGA